AUGUUGAGUCAAGGACAUGUACCAAGUACGACUUCCCUCACUCUGUGCCAUGUGUGUUAUAAACAUUUUAAAGUGAGGCAGGAUGGUACUCUCGUUAGACAUGGCGGAAAAGUGAAAGGCUCAGAAUGUCCGGGAUCUUUGAAGCACCCACCUUCGAGCAGAAAACGAAGGUCGCUCAAUGUCGUCAACGCCAACAUCUCAAAGACGAGUGAAGACUCGAGGGUCCUUGAUACCGCUGUCGAUAUGAAGAGUAAAUCGUCACUGGCUGAAAAAUUUUUUGAAAAAUCAUCGGGCUGUCGGUUAGUUGACCAUGGGCAAGAUGAAAGGGUUCGUAAACCAAAGCUUAGUGCUUUAGUCAAAUGCAAAAUAGAUCAGGGAAACGUGAGAAAUGCUAUGAGGAUUUUAGCAUCGACGGAUACGAUGGCUCCGGAUUCGGCAGACACUAUCAACUCCCUAAAGAACAAACAUCAUCCCGCUCCGUUAGACAGAAAACCAAGUCCCAACAAAGAAUCGACAAGCGUUACAGUUAAUCCCCAACAAAUUAUGUUGUGCUUGAGGCAGUUUCCAAAAGGAACCUCAGGAGGUAGAGAUGGUCUAACCCCACAGCAUUUAAGGGAUUUAACGCAUGAUAAAAUAGAAACAGCAGAACUUAUCAGUGCCAUGACCGAAUUUUUGGGUUCGAUAGUUUGUAGAGGAAAACGCCAUGAUAAUUUUUGGGCUAAAAAGCUGGAGGAUUUUAAACAUAUUAUGUCAAUGAUGACGGAGAUUGGCAAGCAUGACGCCCUUGUCCUGUUGACGCAGGCAGCAUUCAUUCCAAGGCUGUCAUACUUUUUACGUACAUCUCCUGGCCCGUCUCAACAAAAGUCAGAUGAAUUCAACAACGAACUACGCAUGGGUUUUCAGAAGAUAUUUAAUGUGUUUUUUGAUGAUAAAGGUUGGAAGCAGGCUAUAUUGCCGGUAAAUAUAAUGGACAUAAAUGUGUGUUCGCAGAAGAAAUGGAAUGAACCAUCUUUGAAUGUUUCAAAAUCGAAACUGGAGGAAUUAAAUGACUCUCCCUCAGAUAAGGCCAGGUUGAUGGCCGUCAGAAGUGAAUUGGGGUCUGCUUGGCUAAGGGCCAUUCCCAGUACAGCUUGUGGUACAAGGCUCGACAAUGGUUCUAUUAGAGUGAGUUUAUGCUUGAGACUUGGGUUGCCGGUGGUGUCAGGUUACAGAUGCUUGUGUGGGGCGGAUGUUUCUCAGUUGGGUCACCAUGGCUUAUCGUGUAGGCUUGGUUCAGGAAGACAAGCAAGACACUCUGCCAUGAAUGAUUAUAUAUGCAAAUUAUUCCAGAAAGCAGAUAUACCCGCCGUUAAGGAACCAGCAGGCCUACUAUCUGAAAGCAACUUCAGGCCAGAUGGUUACACCCUGGUACCGUGGUCCCAAGGUUGUUGUUUAUCAUGGGAUGUGACGUUCCCUCACACGUUAGCCGAAAGGUACAUCAAUUACACGGCUAUGGAGCAAGGUUCCGCCGCGGUGAAGGCUGCUGAUUUCAAAAAUACUAAGUAUAAAGAUUUAAACGACAAUACGAAAGUUUUUGUUCCGAUCUGUGUGGAGACAUUUGGCCCAGUGGAUAAACAGACACAAUUAUUUUUUGAUAACAUUGCUACUGAAAUAGUUGAAAAAUCUGGUGAUCCCAAUGAUAAAAUUUAUAUAAAGCAAAAUAUAUCGUUGUUGUGCAAAAGUUUAAUUCAUUUUGUAUGUUAG